GCGGGAAUACUGUGUUGUAAUCGACGACAAGACAGGCAGCAUUUCUAUUUAUCCCUGCAGCCGCCUUUCUUUCUUUUUGCAAGAGACCCCCGAGCAGCGGGCUAAAGACUUUUAUGCGCUGCAACGGGAAGAAAUGCAGCGGGGCUCUGACGGGCUUCGGGUGUCUCUACACUGCCGCUCUUUGUCUCUCCGUUCUUUGUUGGAAGUUGGCUGCCACUUGAGUCCUCAAGAGCUCAAGUACACGAACCAAGCGCGUCUGCAGCUGCAGCAAACGGGGUCUUGGGUUGCUGCUGCUUUUGCUGCUCGCGCUGUGCCGGUGACUGAGGGGCAAAUUGAGGUGUCUAGACACCUGGCGCGAUCUGCUGCUAAGCCCAUUAGGAGCCGCAGCGAGUUUGAGAGCUUCUUCACGAAAGCAGCAAGCAGCAGCACUGCUGCUGCUGCUGCUGUUGCUGCUGCUGCUGCUGCUGCUCACGGCAUCCCGGCCGCGCUGCUGCGCAAGGCGCACGCUGCAGCAACAGCAGCAGAAGCUGCUGUCAUCUCCCUCCAGGAGGGAAUCUGCAGCAAAGAGAUCUUCGAGGAAGAGAUUCUACCAGAGAUCCUUCGCAGCUACUAUUUCAAGUCCCACCCUCUUCUGUCGAGCUGCUACAUAACAGCCCGCAAUGCUUAUGCUGCUCUGCAGCAAGACGAGCAAAAAGCAAGAAACAAAUCGCGUGUCAUCACGGGAGGGAGCAUCCGGGACCCAAGCGCGGGCUUGUCUUCGACUGCAUUGCUGAAGCAGUUUAGCGAGUGCAAGGACGCUGCAGCUGCGAGCGGCCCCGCAGCAGCAGCAGCAGCAGCAGGCGUUGGUGCAGCAGCAGCAGCAGCGCCGCCGCAAAUGCUGCAGCAAAUGCUGCCACGAUUUAACCCCAAAGCCACUUGUGUAGAAGAACUUUUUUGUCUUGAUGAUUUGGUGCCGCUGCAGCUGCUGCAGGACGGCUCAGCGCAGACGGGCACUGCUGCUGCUCCGGUGCUGCUGCUGCUGCAGCAGCAGCAGCUGGACCCACAGCAGCAGCAGCAGCAGCGGCAGCUGGCCCACUGGGGCGAGUUCGUUGCUGCUGCUGCUAAACAUGCUGCGCUGCAGAAGCAAGUUGGCGUUGGCAGCCACCUCAGCAAACAGCUCACGCUGCAGCAGCUAGCCAGACUUCUGAAGAUUCUGAAGUUCCUUUGUGUUCUCCUCAAGAAGCAAAAACGUUCCUUCUCCAGCCAACAAGACCUGGCGAGGCAGCUGCGGGUGGGGCCGGAGCCCCCUGGCCACGCAGUGACUGCGUGGCUGCAGACGGAGUUUUUGAAAAAGGGUUUUGACGAGAAGUACAGCAUGCCCAAGGAGUAUCAAACCAAGUACUGCUAG